GUUGGGGAAGACGACGGGUUGGCUCAUGUGUAUGGUGCGGAGCGAGCGAAGAGAGAAGGGAAAAAUCCGAUGUACGUGCCGGACGAAUUUCUACCUGGAGCAGCUGUGGGUGUUGGAAAACGUCGAAAAGAACCUUCUGCAGCUGCAAAGGAACCCGCAGCGGCUGGGUCGAUGUCGGGCAGCAUUGCAGUAGUUGGAGACGAGACGAGCAGUCCUAAAAGUCCACCAGAUCAACUACCCCGGCGCAAGCUCGACCCGGUGUACGAGUUUCUGCGCCAGCCUCUUUCUGCAAAGACAUUUUUGCACAUUGACAACGUGCAGGCCAUGUUCACGGAUCUGGUCGAGGUGGGGGACGGAAAGUUGCGCCAUGUUCCCAUGUUUGGCAACAUUUGGAAGCGCAUGAUGUUUCGCGGACUGACGUGCGACGAGCUAGAUAAGUACAUGGCCUGUGGCCCUUUUUUGAUGUACGUCCACCUCAUGUUUGGUAAGAUGGUCGACGGUGGGGGACAAGAAGUAGCUGGGGAGAGCAGCCAAACGGGCCAAUCCAAGUCUGACAUUUUAUCACUGCUGGCAACACUGGAACGCGAUCUCCGGCGGGUGCACAACCCACUGAAAAUGAUUUUGCAGUACUACAAGCCACCUGUUACCGCGGCACCAUCUUCUCCAUUGUCAACACCUGAUGGCACUUCUGGCAGCAUACCGAUGAUACGCGUUGCCGUGGUGACGUGUGGGACUUCGCAACUCCACUCCCAGGCCGACAUCAGUGACGCUGCGGCAGCCAUCGCAGAAGCGGGCAAAAACGUCGGCCAGGAGGCGCCUCCUAGCGUCCGCGAAGUAUCCUUCCACAUGGUCGCGGUACAACUAGACCCAAGGAUCCGGCUGCGCGACAGGGCCGCGUGCUUUCGCCACCCUAUCGCUGCCGGCGUGAUGAAAGCGCUAGAGUUUGCAGCGGACAACUUCGACCUUGUGCUAGUUUUGUCCCCGUUGCUGCAUCUUCAGAACUUCCGUCCAGGUGGAGAAGCGCUGGUGAAGCCGGCGCGACUAAAGAGUAUAUUCCGAACUCUCUUCGCACCGGCAGCGAGACUGAUGGUGGCAAGUAGAGAAAACCGUAAUAUCGCGGACGAAACGUCUUUCGAUUCGGAUGAACGAAGUCAAAUGACGCUGAACGUCGUCGGUUUUCCAACGUGGUACAACGAUGCAGACUUGGACGGCAACGCGAACACGAAACACUGGCGGUGGCCGGUCCGGUACAUUCGUCGCCAGUACUGGAAAGUCAAAUACGAAAUACCGCCCACGGGAAGCUCCACGGUGCUGAAUGUUGAGUCGUCCCCUGAAGUAGAUGUUGCUGGCGUGACAGAAAAGCGCUCCAUAACCGGUCCUGAGCUGCCUUCUCCGGAAUCCAUGACGUGCUUCGGCGGCCACAGCACCAGCGGCACACGCAUCUACCGCUCGGAAACGCUGAAAAAGCUCGUGAAGCGGCUGCAAAACCAGCUGCACGUACCCCAGGAUGGAGGUUCCUGGCUAGUCGCGCUUGACUUGGCGGCACACGAGGCUGCGGAAGCGGAGCUGGAGGUGAAAAAGAAAUCAAAAUCGGAAAAAGGCAUGAAUUUCUCUUCCAAGGACCCGCUGACCGUUCGCAUGGUUCCGACGGCCCACACCUGUAUCGUAAGAAGUGCUAUAGGCGGAAUCAAAACCACGUCGGAGGAACAGCAAGCGACGCACAGAAAGAACGGAAACGAGCGAAAAAAAGCCGGGAAAAGACCAGUCACCACCACCCUGCACGAGCGAUCGUAUCUGGAGGUGGCAAAAAUGGAUCGCUUUCUCUCAGAAGUUUUUGAGGUGGAGCAGGCAGAGUUCGUGGUUCCCAACCUAGUUGUGCGCGGCGCAGCUGCAAACUUGCCGACCGCCGCGCAAACUGGAACCAUCCAAGAGGAAGCACGCAAAAACCUGCAGCAGCUCUACCAGGCUACCCACAAGGCCACCGGUGCGUCGGACUUUUUCUCCGGGUUUUUGCGGCGGCAAGAAGACAUGGAGGUGUUGCUGUGGCAUCUGGUCGCGAAGCCCGCGCUCGGAGACGACGAACUAUCGUUACUCACGGCGGUGAGUUUCGACGCUGACACGGGGUAUCCGAUCGUUGAAGAUUUGCUCUUUCACGGGUACAGAGACAACGUUGGAUCUACUGCGGCUCAAGCUCAGGCACGUGCGCGACCUCCGGACAAACCAAAUACAGACGCUCCAAUCGCUCAUCUGUCGCAAUCUCAAUUGGAGCCGGUUCUGCACCGCCACUGUCUUUUUCUGUCACCGAAGGCUGGCAAUUUGCUCGGAAAGUUCCUCGGCGUCGUGCAGCCGGUCUGUGUUCGACAGGCGCAAAGCAAUGCCUUAUCGAAAGUCGUUGCUUGGUGGGAAAGCUACAGCGUUGCAGGUUCCUCGGAUUCGCCAGACGUGCUGGGGACUUCAGCAUCAGCGAGCGGGGAUUUGGUCUCACAAAGCAGUUCCACGACGAGUUUCUCAACUCCAUCGACACCAAUUCGCCGCGCCUUGCUCUGGAAGUCCUUCGCAUUGAACGCGUUUCGAGCUGUUUCAGCUGCAGGAGCACCAGGAGCUUAUCAGUCUGGGUCUUUUUCUGCUUCAAGCACUGGCGCACCGACUGGAACAACGGCAAACCUGUUUCCCUGGUCCCCGGACCUGGACCUCGAGUUGACAACCAGUGACCCAAGCGGUGUGCAGAAGCGAGUGCUGAAGGACCUUUCUGCGUCGUUGAAGCCGGGAACGACCUCCUUCGAGUGGUCUUCUACUAGCAUGGAGGAAGGAAAAGACGACUUCAAGGACGAAUUCGAGACGAAAUUUCUCUACGCCCCACUGACCUGGCACGACGAAGACACCGCGGUGAAUCUCAACGUGGAUCUGAGCUGGAAAGUUGCUCCAAAAAGAACGAAUCAUCCCCACGAUGGGACGGACUACGACGCAACCAGAGUGGAGGGAGAUGAUCGACCGACAAAUCAGGGCGGUGAGCGCCACGAUCUCAAUGCAGAUGAAGGUGGUAGUCCGACAUCAGACGAAGAUCUUUCAGACGAAUUGUUUUCCCUUCCGAUACGGAAUUCGGCCGGCACUGCUACUGCAGGUCAUCAUCGCACGACGGGGCGGGAAACCGUCGCGCCAGCAAGCCGCCUUCAUUUCACUGAACAAACAGACGAAUUCAGUUUGCAAGAGGUCCUGGAUACGUACGGGGCGGAGAAAAUCUUCAGCGACCCAGAUUACGGCGUCGAGCACUUUGGCUGCAAGAGCUCGAACUUUGGAAGUGAAAGUGAUGGUGAUGGCGAGCAUGAGGUAGGCCGAAAUACAAAUUUCGGUGAUGGAGGUGUAAGACUCUCAAGACACAACGCUUGUCCUCCGCGCCAUUGCACCGCGACUGCAUGUGAGUUUGAAGAUGAUUUUGUACACAUUUGA